AUGAGUACGACUUCCAGCCUACGAGUUGAGUGGGUCGAAGCGGAUACCAUUGCUGCUGGGACAGCUGCAGCUGGUUAUCUAGCUUACAAAAGAUUUUAUGUUAAAGAUCAUCGCAACAAAUCUAUGGUAAACCCUCACAUCCAGAAAGACAACUCCACGGUAGUACAUGCUUUUGACAGGGAGGAUUUGGGAGAUAAAGCUGUGUACUGCCACUGUUGGAGGUCCAAGAAGUUCCCACUCUGUGCUGGAUCGCACAUAAAACACAACGAAGAAACUGGCGACAACGUGGGACCUCUGAUCGUUAAGAAAAAAGACACUUAAAUGGACACUUUGGAUGCUGCAAACCAACUUGUCAUGAUGUUUCCCGAUUGUUCAAUUAGAAUGGUUCACUUCCCCUGGGUUCUAGAUGUGGUACAUUGCAAACUACAGCUUUCGCGUUCAAGGCAUUCGCCUUACUUG